GUAUGCGGGCUACCAUUGUGUAGUGAAUUGAGUUCUCCAAGAGAUUCUUAUCAGAAAAAAAGGAAAAAAAAAGGAAUAUCGAGAGAGUGGUAGAAGAUAUUGCUUUAGAGUAGUUUUAUGGACAUCCAGACAAAGAAUAUGAAAGAGGAAUCCCUGCUUGCGGAGGUAUCCCUUGAUUGGAGAGGCAGAACCUGCAAGCCCAACAAGCAUGGGGGCAUGAAAGCUGCUGCAUUUGUUUUAGGCCUUCUAGCGCUUGAAAUCAUGGCAAUUGCUGCAGUUGGGAACAACCUCAUAACAUAUGUUUUCAAUGAGAUGCACUUUCCCCUCUCGAAAUCAGCAAAUAUAGUGACCAACUUCAUUGGGACUAUUUUCCUCCUGUCUCUGCUUGGUGGAUUCCUCUCAGAUUCUUACCUUGGGAGCUUCUGGACCAUGUUGAUAUUUGGGUUUGUGGAGCUCUCAGGCUUCAUACUAUUGUCAGUCCAAGCACACCUUCCUCAGCUAAGGCCUCCACCAUGCAGCAUGACAUCUGAAGGAGACCACUGCUCAGAAGCCAAAGGCUUUAAGGCCACUGUAUUCUUUAUUUCUCUCUACUUGGUGGCAUUGGGGAGUGGGUGCCUCAAGCCCAACAUGAUCUCCCAUGGUGCUGACCAAUUCAGGAAGGAUGAUCCUGAUCAGUCCAAGAAGCUUUCCACAUACUUCAAUACUGCCUACUUCAGCUUCUGCAUCGGAGAACUCAUCGCUCUCACAGUAAUCAUCUGGGUCCAGACACAGUCAGGGAUGGCUGUUGGUUUUGGUGUAUCAGCAGCUACUAUGGUGAUGGGGCUAACUAGCUUGAUUUGUGGUAUGUUCUGCUAUAGGAACAAGCCCCCUAAGGGCAGCAUCUUGACCCCAAUUGCAAGAGUUUUAGUAGCUGCUAUUACCAAGAGAAAGCAAGUUUGCCCAUCUAAUACUGAAUUGCUUCGUCGAAGCAUAAACAAUGCUAGCGACCACUUAAUGAUUCCAGGUCUCGAGAUCUCUUCCAAUGCCACCAACGUUAUCCACACUGAGAAAUUCAGGUUCUUGGACAAGGCAUGUAUCCAAAUCCAAGAUGGUUCUGAUAGAAUGGAGAGCCCGUGGAAGCUAUGCACCAUGGCCCAAGUAGAGCAAGUGAAGAUAAUAUUCUCAUUGAUCCCCAUUUUUGCAUGCACCAUCAUCUUCAACACUGUCCUAGCUCAACUGCAGACCUUCUCAGUCCAGCAAGGAAGCUCAAUGGAUACCCGACUCACCGAAACAUUCCAUAUUCCCCCGGCUUCGCUCCAAUCUAUCCCAUACCUCAUUCUCAUCAUCCUGGUGCCGAUCUAUGAGAUGGUCUUCGUCCCUCUCGCUCGCAAGGUGACUUCCAGGGACUCUGGUAUCUCUCCCCUCCAACGCAUCGGUAUAGGCCUCUUCAUGGUGACCUUCUCAAUGGUCUCAGCUGCAUUGGUAGAAAACAAAAGGAGGGAGCUGGCUGUUGGUUCAAACAAGCAGCUCUCCAUCUUCUGGAUUGCUCCACAAUUCCUCAUAUUUGGUCUCUCAGAGAUGUUCACAGCUGUGGGCCUAAUUGAGUUUUUCUACAAGCAGUCAUUGGCAGGGAUGCAAUCCUUUCUAACAGCCAUGACUUACUGCUCCUACUCAUUUGGGUUCUUCUUGAGCUCUCUCUUAGUCUCACUGGUGAACAAGGUCACCUCAGGACCUUCUGGGAGUGGCUGGCUCAGUGACAAUAACCUAAACAAGGAUAGGCUGGACCUUUUCUAUUGGCUCCUGGCAGCACUUAGCUUCCUUAACUUUUUUAACUAUCUCUACUGGUCUAGAUGGUAUUCUUCUUCCUUAAUUUUUUAAACUCUCUCUCUACUGGUCUAGAUGGUAUUCUUAUAAUCCAUCUUUAAUCCCUGGUCCUCAAAAUGGGACUUUUGUUGAAGAAGAGUUUCACUUCACUUCCUCAAGGCUUGUGGAACCUAAAGAUGUACUUUUGUGAAAUGGCACAACCUAAUACUUAUCGACCUUGUCCAUGCAGCAGAGAGGGUUAAAAAAAAAAGAAUAGGAGGAGGAGAAGAAGAAGAACAAGGCAUGGAGAUGCCUCUGUUAGGUAUGGACCCAACUUAGUGGGAUGGUGGACUGAUAACUCUUGUUUUCUUUUGUUUCUUUAAUAAUUGACUGUCCCAGAGAGGACCUUUUAAGGCCUGAAGGUCUUUGAUUUGUUUUGAUUCCAAGGAUAUCUGGACAGAUGCUGCAUUGUAAAAAGUAAAGGGGUGUUCAAAGGAGGUUUGGUCUAAUUGUCGCAGCAA